UAUUCUGAUCUGCGGAUCAGCUGGGCGAAGCAAUAACAUCACAAACAAUAUCUGCUGGAAACACACACAAGCUGCAGAUGCUACGGCUGAAACGACGUGUAAAUCACAAUUUACACGCAGAUUUCUUCUAAGAAGAAAUUCUUUUUCUUUUCUUUCUUUUUUUCUCUUUUUUUGUGAAAUUACUACCUCAUAUAAAAAUAAUACCUAAAGCUAUGCUUUAAGAUUUUUGUCGUUUUUAUUGUGUGGUCGUCGCGUUUACAACUUGACUAUUUCUGCAGAUCUUUGCACCAAGUGAGACCUUAUAUUAAACUGCGCCUUCUCUGAAGACUCAAAAAAGGCCAAUACACCUGUGAUCAACCUGCCAUCUGUUACAUCACUGAAAAAAACACAAAAAUUAGCGACUUUAGUUAAUUAAACAUUUAAGUUAAUUAAACAUAAAAAAUAUAUAUAAAAUAUAUAUUAAAAAAAACUUCUAAGGCAGCUAUUCCUCAGGAAACAAAAAACUGUGACCUUUGACCUCCGAGGCAGCCAUGUUCCAGCGGCUCACCAGUUUAUUCUUUGGAAGCGAGGAAGAAGUUACUCCAGAUCUGAAGGGACCAAAGCCCUGUGUGUCUGAGGCUGAUGAAGAGGGAUGGCUCCUGGUCAGUCUGCACGGUGAGGAUGGGCCAGAGGCAGCUUCAGUAGCAUGCGCCCGUCCCCGCAGUGAAUGUCAUGCAUCUCAGAUAUGCAGCCCCUCUCCUCCUAUCUGCAGAAACCGCAGGACUAGAGCAGGCAGGAUACGGGCAGCACAUCCUUCCUCCCCUUCCAUCUGCUCUCCUCCUGAUCCCGCCUCCUUCUUUCACCUUGAGUCAGUAGAAGUGAAUGUGUUGUUAAGCGAGCGGGGAUCGUGUUCCUGCAGCAUGGAUGAGAGCUGGUUUGUCACCCCUCCCCCCUGUUUUACUGCAGAGGGAGCCACGGCGGAGGCCAGCCCCAUGGAGGACCUCCUCAUCGAGCACCCCAGCAUGUCCGUGUACGUCUCCGCUGGCCCUCUCCCUGCGGUGGAAGAGAGCACCACCAGCCUGGCUGGCAGUGUCAGCAGGAUGUCUGAAUCAGCAGCACCCGUAAUGACCAGGAGCAGCAUGUCCACACGGGUUACCCGAGGAGCAGCCGCACAGGCAGGUGCCCUGGCUAAAGUCACCCAGGUCUCCAGGGUCCAGAGGGCCAAAGCCCGCACUGAGCGUCGCCACCUGGCACGCAACCGCAUGCAGCGCCAAAACCGUGUGCGUGAACAGGUGCAACGGCGCGCGACCCACACCCGCAACUCCUUCCUGCACCAACCGUGCCAGCGCAACUUCAGCCACUGAUGCUUUAAAGUUUACAUUGAGGGCAUUAUAACCCAACCCAAGAAAACCCACACCUCCCAAUGAAUCCCCUACCUUCUCAAGUUCUCCUUUUGCUUUUACUGGUUUUAUGUCCAUAAUGUUAUUCAUUUUCAUAUUAAUAUUAAUCAGGUUUGUCUUUGAGCACAAGCCAGUUUAUCCUCUUUUCACUCUUAUCUGGAAACUCACUACCAAGCACAAUUACUCUAAGACCAUUUAUAUAUUUGCUAAAAUGGCCAUGUACCUCCAAUAACACCUAAAUCAGUUUCCCUAUCUAGGAGUAUAGCUGAAAAGGAGACAUGUGUAAACUCUGUAUCUUUACAUACAUCCCUCUAAAUGUAUAUAAAUGAUACUUCAGGUACAUUGACACUGUUCGUUGAAACAUAAUCAGGUUAAAUUGUCAAAAGAAGGAAACAUCCAACCACUGAAUGCUUCAUAGAAACAUGAUCCUAAGAUCACAUCACACUAAGAGAACAAAAAGCUACUACAGCAAUGAAAAGGUCACUUAUAGACAACAAGAAUGAAAAGUAUGUAGAUAAAGUUUGAGUGAGCAAGAAUAGUAAACAGAUACAUGCAGUUUAGAGUUUGCAGAUUAAGACAAAUCUAGCCGGUUUGUAAAGAGGUCAUUUCAAAGUAGAUGUUGCUGCCUGAUUUUCAGCAUAGCGGUGCUAACUUUCAAUAGUAAUUCAACUCCCAAACAAUUUCCUUUAAUUGCUUGCUUUUGAAUGACCUCUGUUCCUAAACCUAGUGAACCUAAACAGCAGUUAGGAAACACCAUAUAUAGGUGUGCUUCCGCAAAGGCAGUAUCCUUCCAAGAAAAAACAGUUUCACUGAAGAAAUCAAUUCAAGAUGGUGGAGAAAGUGGGCACUGUCAAUUUUAUACAUAGUCUGAAUGGGAAAAAUACCCCAGUGCAUUUAUAAAUAGAUAUUUACAACCAAUAUAUAGGUGUGCUAUGAAUUUGUGCUUGUUAGAGCAUUGCCUUACCUUAGCUUAGCAACAUGCUAACAUCAAAUUCUAUUGGAAUCAACUGUAAUCAUCAAAACUCUUGUGUAUUUUGUCAUUCAUUCAGUACCAAAAAGUAUAGAAAACAGCUUAGCAACAUGUUACCAUCAAACUCUAUUGAAAUCUAUUUUUAAUUAAUGUCUCUUGAGGCAGCUUCUUAAGGUAUCUAGCUCACUAGAUUUUGAAACAGAGCCUUAAGGUAAACUGACAGAGUCCAUCAUGGAUAGCACUCAUAUAACAACAACAACAUAUUACUAAGAAGAUUUAUUAUUAUUAUUUUUCAAUGAUCUCUUAGGGAUAAAGCUGUUUAGCGUUUCCCUAAAAUGUGACAUGAAGCUAAAGCUGACAUGAUAGCUCCCUGUCAAGAUCUGAUCUAAUAGAAAGCGAUCGCAGGAUCAUCGGGGCAAUGUGCAAUGUCUUUACAGUUUAACUUCUAGAGCUAAGGAGAGGUUGCCGUAGACUAUGGAUAUAAUUGCUUAUAGAAUGUGCAGGAUAGUAUCGAUUGUGACUGUUUAUUUGCUUCAUGGAGGAUUACUGUUUGGUGAAUUUCACAAAAACAAAAAGUGUCAAGAUGGCUGCAUAAUCUGCAAAAUAUAGUCACUUUUGAUUUUGGGUUGCAAUUUGUCAAGUUUUUGUGAGAUUGACCUGAUGCUCCACAAAAAAAAAAAAAAUCAUAUGCUUGUCCAUUGCAAAGCUUUCAGUGUAGCUUGAAAGUUCCCCUGUCCAGCACUUAAUGCUUUCACUGUGUGUGAAAUCACUGUGACCACAGAGACAAAGAACGAAAACGUUUCCCAUGACCAUUUCUCUGUUUCUCAAAACAUCCGUUUCUCAGACGAUGUCAUUAUUUGCAUUUCACCAUACCUCUUAAAUACUGAUUAUACGAUUGUGCUUUACAUCUUCAUUGUAUUCUGAUGUCUGUCAGAGGUUGCUGGGUCAGCGUCUCUCUUUUGACGGACCCAGCACACAUGCACUCACACUAACGCAUACGUUGAAUCCUAAAAUGUGCUCUUCCUUGAUAGUCAGCGAAUACUCUCGGCACAUAUAUAGGAAAUGCGUCCACCACGUUGUGAUCUAUCUUACAUGUGUAUUCAGUAAUGAAUAGACUAACAAUGGUGCUUAAAGUAUAUAAUUAUAUGACUGUUUGUACAUUUUUUGAGACUUUGAGAAGUUUGCACUGUCUUACGUUUUAUGGAGAAUCAUGGUAUUUAGCAGUAUGCUGUUUUCGUUUGCAAUGGUGAAUGAGAUGCCAACAUGCAUGAGUUGGAGAAAAAGCUACCUUUAGAGGUAAACAAUUAGUUGCAUUCAAAUGUGUAUAAUUGCAAACUAUUUACAGUUCAGUGUUUGCGUUAUUUUCAUUUUGAAACAUCACCUUCCUGUUUUCAUGGUAUCGUUUAACCAUAUGUUGCUCCAAAUACUUAAGAACAUGUUCUUACUGGGUAUUUUAUGAUAGGAACCAACAUCUGCCAUGUUGUCAGUACCACCAUUGAGCUGUUUUGCAUUAAGAGGAUUUGAUUUUACAUGCAAUCUUCUUUUAUUUCUUCUGUCAGUUUAGUGUUGAGUCAUUUUAAGAGUUCUUGUAGUCUUUCCUAUAUAACCUGCCAAAAUCUGUAAAUCUAUUAUUGUAGUAGGCUAUCUAAAGCUAUCUAUUAACAAAAUAAUGUAACUAUAAUGUAAAUCUAAAUAUGCUUUUAUUUCUUUGUUUUCAUUUGAAACUGAUUGUUUCUACAUUAUAUUGACUCCACAGAGAGUGCAGUACGAAUGUCAGUGGUGUAUCUAGGAGAAUCCAAUGCCCUGUAGCCUUACAAGGGUCCUUAACAUCGUCCACUUGAAGGUUGUCUUCUGUUUGCAUUGUUUCUACAUGUUAGAUGAAGUGGACACGGCAAUAUCGCAUAAUGAACGUACAUUCAGUGAUCUCUGCCCUCGGAACAGAUCCACCGCUGCUGUUCAGCGCAACAACUGGGCAAUGUAUACUCUGUGUUAUCUUUCUCUGUGUGUGUGUGUGUUCAAUAUGAUUCAUUUAAUUUGGGGGACUAGAAUGAUAUAUGUUAGGCCUCAUAGCGAUAGUUAUUUGUGAUUUAAGGAAGGGUUGACUGAAAACAUGAAACGAGAAAAGACUACAAAAAUAAAUAUGCUUGUAUUUUUUCCUCAUAUUGUUAUUAGAAGAGACGUUCACCUUAGUAACAAAGUACAAAUAGAGUAUUAAAAAUGACUGGUGUACAUGAUAUCUAUGGUGAUUGUGCCUUUCACUGUUCUGCAUGGUUUUCAUGAUGUGCCGACUGUUUCAUCCAUAUGACAUGGGCAUCAGAGACCUAUGCAAAAUACUAUGAUGGGUUUCCAGCAUCCUUGCAGAAAUGCAGGUACCAGACAAUAACAAUAAACACUCAGGAUGCAACUGCAA